AACGCGCAGGAACUCCGCACGCGCUUCGGAACGGCAGCACGGCGCAACCGACAGCCUCAACGACGAAAUCCACACCGACCCCAUGAAUGCGCCGCCGGCGUACCUUCUUCGAGGACCAUUACCAGCACGUGGGUAACUUCCAGUGUGACAGUGCAGUGAGACGAAAAAGUGUUUGGGUGUAAACAGUGCGCGACAGUGACUCGGACAUCAACCCUGAGUGCGGGCAGCGUGCAGUUCAUGGCUCAGCCACGGGUGUAACUCUUAUAGAAUAAGGCCGUACAAACGCUAGUGAACAAAAUUCUCAUCAUGGAUGUUCUUCAGAAAAAUUACGACGAUGGUAUCCACCCGGGUUACAUGGACAGUGCAGCAGCAACCAUGUACGAGUCCCAUGUGGCCCACAGGCCCAGUUUGCCCGGUUUACAUCAUUCGCCGCAUUUGAACCAUGCCAUGCACCCGUACCAUUCUAACCAUGUCAACCCGACCGCCAACCAUGUCAUGGGAGGCGCUGUACCCGACGUCGGGAAGCGAGACAAGGACGCUAUUUAUGGACAUCCCCUAUUUCCCCUACUGGCCCUAAUUUUUGAAAAAUGUGAGCUAGCGACAUGUACGCCUAGAGAGCCCGGAGUCGCGGGGGGAGACGUGUGCUCGUCAGAGUCUUUCAACGAGGACAUAGCAGUUUUUUCAAAACAGAUACGACAAGAAAAACCUUAUUACAUAGCAGAUCCAGAAGUAGACUCCUUAAUGGUGCAGGCAAUACAAGUACUUCGGUUUCAUCUCCUCGAGUUAGAAAAGGUGCACGAACUCUGUGACAAUUUCUGUCAUCGAUAUAUCAGUUGUUUGAAAGGUAAAAUGCCAAUAGACUUAGUGAUAGACGAGAGGGACAGCGGAAAACCGCCCGAACUGGCCGGUUCCACAAAUGGUGACGGUGGUACCAGGAGUAAUGCGGACUCAACAUCGCACACAGAUGGAGCCAGCACGCCGGAUGUCAGACCUCCGUCGUCGUCGUUAUCGUACGGGGGCCCGGUGAACGACGACGUCAGAUCACCCGGAACCCCUGGACCUCUAUCCCAACCUCCCGCAUCGCAGCAGAGUUUGGACGCCUCGGAUCCUGACGCUAUGGGCAAGUGGUGUCCGCGACGAGAGUGGUCGUCGCCUACCGACGCCCGGGCAGCCACCGACGCUGCGCGAAGAGGCGUCCUUUAUUCCUCCGUCUUCCUCGGUAGUCCCGGUGAUGCAAGCAACGCGAGUAUCGGCAGUGGGGAAGGGACCGGCGAGGAAGACGACGACACGAAUGGAAAGAAAAAUCAAAAAAAGAGAGGCAUCUUUCCCAAGGUAGCAACAAAUAUACUCAGAGCGUGGCUCUUCCAACAUCUAACGCAUCCGUACCCCUCGGAGGACCAGAAAAAGCAACUCGCGCAAGACACGGGCCUUACGAUACUGCAAGUCAACAACUGGUUCAUCAAUGCGAGGCGGAGAAUAGUACAGCCCAUGAUCGACCAGUCGAAUAGAGCAGUGUUUUCUCCCCAUGCAGGUCCUAGCGGAGCCUACAGUCCCGAUGGUACGAUGGGCUACAUGAUGGAUGGGCAGCAGAUGAUGCACCGGCCGCCAGGAGACCCAGCCUUCCACAAUCAGUACGCACACUACCCCGAAUACUACGGGCACCACCUGUGAGGUCCCCCCUCUUGUGUCACAACGACAUGGACAUAGAAAUAUGCAACUCUUAAAUGUGAUUAUUCUCUGUACAAAGUGUAAAUGUAGUUCCCCAGUGUUUAGUUAACGGGAAGAACUUGUACAAAAGUAUUAGACUAAUCGUGCUCUGACUGCUGUACAUAGAAAUAGUGGUGAGGUGUGGCCAGCCCCGGAGAGGUGCCCCGCCGCCGAAAAGUAUAAAAAAAAAAUACUGCACCGUCAGUGAGCAAGGACAACCGCAAUCGUGUAAAGUGAUGUGGUCUCGUAGCUUAGGUUCCUCGAUGUGUUACCUACAACACCCUCGUCCUAGUCCCGACCAGCCAACUUCCCCUCCCCGAAAACGAUCAGCCGCUCCCCCCUCCCCACUCUCCCCCAGUCCCCUGUUCCCCCCCACUCUGUCCCCGUCACGUUUCUUAAAAAAAUUCAAAAAGUACGACGCGUACAAAAAAAUAAUUCAAGGUUGUGCUGUUGUAAAAUAAUAGUUGUUAUAUCUGUUGUGAUUUUUUUGCUAAUUGAGAACCCUGGACUCUCCCCUGUCCCGAUGAUGAUAUACGAUACGAUAUACGUAACUACUGAACCUAGAGAAGAAACUAACCAGCGAGGAUGCCCUCGCAUGACUAGGAUAAUAAUAUCAAAUACACAAGUAUACAGAAUGUUGCAAAGUUACUCAGGUGGUCCAUGGCUGAAACCAUUAAAGUUGUAAUAUCGUACCACUCUAGAUUAUAAAUUCUAACCUCUAAUUUGUUACUUGUACCACCCUGAUGAUUUGGUGUAUGACGUGAUUAUUUACUUGCCACGGUUCCGCAGCCGUCCCCAAGUCUUCAUGGGCGCCGCAGAGGGGCCUCGCGGCUGUUGUUACUGUUGUUGUUUAGCGGCGCCGCCGUCGCGGACUUGGGCUCAGCUCCGGGACGCGAGCAGUCCCUUAUCACACGUUGCCCGCGCCAGGUACACACGUAUACGAAUUUAGUGAUGUUAUAUAGGUUUAUUAAUAUUAUUAUUGUAAAAUUAUCGCAUACAAAAGCUGGCAGGGUGGCGUGUGGCCGGUGGACCGGCUCCCUUGUAUAUUUAAUUGUCCUAUUGUUUAUACGUAUGAUGUAUUUUUCGUUACCUUUGUUAGGGAGCGGGAGCUGGCGGGGGCCCUUGUUGUAUACCAUUUACACGAGACCCUGACUUAUAGUUUUUGAUCUAAUGUACUCGAGUAUAUUGUAUAUAUUGUAUUAAGUAUAUUUAUGCCUAAGCUACAUUGUAUACCGACGCCCCCAGGGGCAACCACCCCCACCUUCUCCCGCCCGCUGUUUUAUUGUAAAUACAAUUACCUCCGAUAAGAAUGUUGGCUGUUCGUUUUAAGUGAUUUCCAUCAUGAAUCAUUAUCGCCUUAUCCAAUGUAUACGAAAAUAAAAAAUCAAUACAGAUCAAUGAGAGAAUAUCGUACCUCUGUGUUAUGUAUGAGAGGAAUCUUUAUUGUGUUCUGCUUUUUAAUGAAAGUAUAUAUUAAUAUUAUAAACGAUUAUGGGACGAGAUACCUCUAAACUAAUUUGGUAACGCCGUGUCCUCUGUAUAGUGUUUUUUUGAAACGUGAGCAUUAAAUGCUACAUCUUGUGUACUUAUAUAA